AUGCAUCUUAUUGAAGUUUUUUUCUUUUCAGAUAACGGUAUCUUCCUCGAGUACGUAAAAGAUAUAUCGCUUUCUUCCAGAUUACAAAAAAUCCAUAUUCGGGAUCAUAAAACCAUAGUAGUUACAAAAAUGAACAAUCUUGCGCAAGCUGUUACUUUCCUGGAAUCGCCCAACCUCGCUCAUAGUAAUCUACAACCGAAAAACAUCCUGCUUGAUUGCAACCGUCUAAAACUAUCCAACUUUAAUUAUACAGCCGAAAUCGGGACAAAUUACAAAGCUUGUUUAACUCCAUACAGCAGAAUACUUAAUAGCAACGAAACAGAUCAAGAAGAAUACAAAACUUUCGAGCAAUUUGCCCUCGGUUUCUUAUUUUACUUUAUAAACUAUGGCUUCGAGGUUUAUAAAAAUCAAUAUCUUACAAAGGAUCCUUACGAGCAUGGUCCGAAGGUCGUAGACUUACUACAGAACAUAAAGUUUUUAAAAUUAGAUUAUGAUCCGCUGAUUGACAAUAUCAUCGAUAAAUGCUGGCAUAACAAAUACGGCACCGUUUCAGAAUUGGCCGCGCACACGAAAACGCUUUUGGAUGAAAGACACGGAGAAGGUAGCGAAGGGGAAGGAAGCAAUGAAGUGAGAAUCCUCAUCGAGUCAUCCUCCAUCGCCCGGCGGGGUAUGGUUAUUGGCCUCGUAAUUCAUGGGUUAUGGUAUGGCCUUGGCAACUGGUGGAUGUCGGUCUCACCCAGCACCAAUGGCGAGGUAGCAAUCGCUGAGCAAGCUAAAGGCGACAGCUGUGACGACGUGGAUAAGAACCUCCUAGAAGAGGAAUUUUUGUUAAAGAAGCAAGUCUGCUUGGACUUGGAGAAGCGUGGACUUCUUCGUCUACUUUGUUCAGGCGAGCCUGAGCAGAUGGGAUUUACUUUUGAUUGGUAUAGGCACAGUCCCUGA